AGCAUCAUCAGCCAUACUCGAGCAGCUGCAGGGACAUAUGCUGGAUAUGGAUGUAUAAUAAGAGGAAAACUCAAUCAAUGGAAUGGAUGGAUGCUUCUUCGUGCAACUAUGGACACCGUGUUUCUCCAAAAGCAACACUAUACCUUUAUUGGCAUUUACGUUGAUUCUGAGCACAGUUAUAGAAGCUCUCCAGGUGAUUGGCGGAAACGUAACCGUUGUGCAAGGAGAGACCACUACCUUACCCUGCAAACUCAUCGACACCACGGAGCUCCUAUCCCAGAUUUCAUGGCAGAAGAUUACCAGAGGAAAACCUGUGAAUGUUAAUUUCUUUACCGUCUUGGAGGUAGAUGGACCACAGUUUGUCAACGGACGUGAUGAUCGAUUUACAUUUAUCGGGAGCUUUAAAGACAACAUUGCAUCUCUGCAGUUAUCCAAUGUUACAUUGAUGGAUGAAGGCACCUACAUGUGUAUCUUCACUUUGUUCCCCAGCGGAAAUCACAAGACAGACAUACCUCUGAACUUGCUUGUGCCUCCGGUCUCAAGCCUGGAGUAUAAUCGUCCUACUUUGGGAAAUGAAGAGGUUUCCCUCGUCACUUGCAUAGCUGCUGGUUCCAAGCCUCCCGCAGAGGUGAGGUGGCUCACGGGUAGUCUGGCAGAAACAGUGAGGGAAACCACCAACUUCACCCAGCAUGCCAACGGUACGACUACCACAACCAGCUCGCUGUUUGGAGUACCUACCAAAGAAAUCAACAGUCGUUUGGUCCAGUGUGUCAUCACCAGUGCAGCCAUGUCGGAAACCCUGUCCUUCAACAUACAGGUCUACUUCCCACCCACUGAAGUGAAGAUCAGUGAAAGAUCUGAAGGCUCAUUUGAAUGUGUGACUGAAGCCAACCCAAAUGCAGACUUUACCUGGAGCAGAAUCGGCCAGUCAUGGCCUCAGUCUGCUGUCAGAGAUGGUGCAACACUACAGUUUCAGAGUAUGACAUCUGACCUCAAUGGCCUCUACCAGUGUGAAGCAAGUAACCGUUAUGGAAAAAAACAUAGUUGCCUCUAUGUGCAUGUGGCUUCAGAUGCCGGCAUUGCUGGUUGGAUCUUAUUUGGUCUUUUGCUGAUUGCUCUUGUUGCUGUGGCAUUUUGGUACUUUUAUAAAUCUGGGAGAUUUACAAGGUUAAUUGGUGAUUCAUUAUCCAGGACAGGAGAGAAUACACGUAGGGAGAGGACAAGGGUCCCAUCAACUUCCAACUCACCUGAAGAGCUUCGAAGAGUAGAAGAGGAAGCAGCAGAGGUAUCUCUUUGACAUGCAUGGCAGCAACAAGCUGGACGACAGUUGGACUGCAGCUGGCUUACACACCCCGCGGCUAACAUUCCUCACUCAGCUGGUUAGUCAACAUUAUAGGGUAAUGUCUACUGCUAAUAGCAUUAACAGUAAUACUAUAAAAUGCUGUACAACAGAAGCAACAAAAUGGUAAAUGAAGAUUGAAAACUGUAGAUAGAGUUCUCAAGCAAAACUGAAACCAUCAAAUGAAUGAAGAAAGAGGACGUUUUAUUAACUGUCUAACACAGUCAGUGCCAACAACGUUAUCUAUGUAGGAUGUGGCUUGUGACUGUUUGCUUUAUCAUUAACAGCCAGGGUGUAUUUCUGUUUAACCACCAACAGCAUUAACGGUUGAUAAAAGAAGAGGACUAUGAAGCAUGUUUGCAUGCACACAAUAGACUAGGUUACUGGCCAAGAAAUUAUUCAUGAGAAAUUUGAAUAGAAAACUUGAGAAAAAGCAAUAAAAACCUAAAACAUGCUGUAUUGCCGAAGAGGCUCAACACACUUAAACUUAAGAGAAAAGUUGCAAAUUGACAAAACGCAGACAAAUUAAGAAACAUUCUGCAACACUUUUAUCCAUUUGCUCAGGUUUUCUAAUAUAGUAAAGCAUUUGGAGAAAGGGAGAAACACUGCUGUAGAAGUCUGCUAAGUGCAAAUUAUUACUUUGGUUGUUUUAUUAUUUGAAUGUUGCCACCAGAUUUGUCUUUGACAAGGUUUCCAUGGUAUGUUUCUUUUCAUAUUUUUUAGCUUUUAUUCUAUAUUUCUCAAGUGUCAUUCCAAUUUCUCAGUUUUCCAUUACAUUUCGUCCUUGAAUUAUUUCAUGAAUUAUUUCCUGACUGAAUAUACAGUAUGUACAGUACUAGAGCUGACAUCUCUGACAGCCAACUGGCAGCUACAUCUUUCCUGAGAACCUCUACAGAGGACACACAGUCUGUAUAUGGUAAUGGCUGAUACCAAUUCAUGUAUGUAAGAAAGAUACUGUCACUGUUGUGUAGUGACAGUAGUGUAGUGUGUACAACAGAACAUAUGUUAUUUGCCAAGCCCCCAACUGAUUUUAUUUAUAACAGCACUUAACUUAAACCUCUUCCUUUAUCAAGUCGGUGUCAGUAUGCACAAUGCUCCGAAGGUACAAUCACAU